GCGAAGACGAUAUUUAUCACCAUCUACAGAAUCUUCCUCCAAAUUCGCCUUGAAAAUGAAGUUCAAUGGCUGAGCUACACAUCCUCGGAGAACUGUGUCACGCGUCCGACUUUGAAGAACCGAACCUAUUCUGCCGGUGGAGUGUCCAGUUUGGUUCGUGCUGGAAAGUGAUCGAGGGACACUCGGAAGGGCAAACCUGUGCCAGCACGGCCCGCAUUGAGCGGAAGUCCCACUUCAGCACCCCGAUCGAUCUGCAUUUGGCUUGCCGGGGCAUUCAGGGUUGGCCAAAGUUUCACAUCGAAGUGUACACGGUGAACUCGUUCGGGAAUUACUGGCCCGUGGGGUACGGGUUCGCUUAUUUGCCCACUCAACCGGGGCAGCAACGGGUUCGGGUGGCAACGUGGAAAGUGUCUUCGGCUAGGUUGGUGGACACGGUUCGGGAGAAAUUUCACACCGGAGGAUUUGCGGUGGCCAAAAGUGAUAUUGUGUUUUCCGGGAUUGAACGGUACAAGUUACUAACCAAGUCGGCAGGCUGUGUGGAAUUGGAAUUGAUGUUGAUUUUCAAAAACUUUGCUGAAAAUGGCGUUGAGUUGCGGUAG